CCAUACCUACCUAACCUAGGUACCCAUACCAUACCUACUACUCCAUACUUUCAACUUCAAUAUACGUAUUGCUUCAACCAUACUGUUCUCUGGUACAAUGGUUAUGCCACGCUGCACUUCAGGCUCCCACUGGAUUCUUUCCAUGCAAAGCAUCUUGAAGAAGUUGGACAGAUGUUCCCAACUCAUUUCGAAAGUGUGCUGGAAUGACACUGCAGUGAUGGAACGACAACGAAUACCGUUUCCCAUUCGCGUUACGGAGUCAAAGUAUUUAACAUGAAGAUAUCUACCUCAGUAAGAAGGCAUCGUCUUCUUCAGCCCGGUGCUUCACAGUCUUUUCAUCAUUCAAGUUUUACAAUCUUCUAAUUUUUCAUAAUACAGGCUCUUCUGUGAAGGGCCCAAGUCUAUUCGCUAAUACAUUGCCAACAUCGGCGACGUUUCCUUUGUCUGUUGUACUAAUAUGCACUACAAUUGGUUGUCGCUGUCGUUCACAGCACUCCUAUGUACGACAGAUGUGUUUAUCACCUCAGUAUCGGCCAGCACCCUUGCCCCUAGAAAGGGUGGUGAUCCGAAAGACCUGAUGAGGAACCAGGUCAACCAGGCCAUCAACAUCGUCAGCAAGCAACCAGGUUCCAACAUGAAGAAUUCGGGCUUUCGAGAGACGAAAAAUGACAAGGAGCUUCUCGCCCACCUCAAACGGUUGACAGACGCCAAGCAGGCAACGGUCAAGAAGGGCACAAAGGUCGAGCCACGGAAGGUCAAGGUCGCAUUCUUCGAAUUUUACGGCACCAAGGGUGACAUCGGCAAGUCCCUCUACUAUCUCGACGAGAUCGAAAAGUCGAAGAUCUUGAAGGCCCAAUCAAAAAGGCUCGCAAGGAUCAUGGAUGUCGUCAAGGCGGAAAAGACUUUCGAGGUCAAGUUCGGCGUCGACUGCGAAGCAAAGAAAUACCUGACGGACGAAGUGAAGAAGGUCUAUGCUCAGGAUAUCGCGCAGUGUGGUGAGGACAGGCAGGGCUUCAAGGACUUUAUCAAAAGAACCAUUCAGGAUUGGAAGCCCGAUGCUAUCAUUCAGGGCCACGCUAUCGAGCGUCUGUACGAUGACGAGCAACCGGAUCCGGAUGAUCCUGCUGGCACAACCUUUUUCAAAGGGUUGCAGAUUCCAAUUCAAAAGUGUGUGAAAGACGACACAUGCUUCACGGUCAAGCUUAAGUCGUACACGAAGACUAUUGAGGAUGUGAAGAGAAAGGACAAGCAAGGAGACGAGUACUCGCUCACUAAGAACGAUAUCACUUUGGUUGGUCAAACUCCGGAUUACUACGCGGGUGUCAAGUUGGAGCUCUCCAAACAAGUUCUCAUUGGACGAGCACAAACCCCCCUUGACGAUAGCACGAAAAACCCACAGAAAUUGACAGACUGGCUGAAAGCCGACGACACUAAGAAGGUGAUGUACCUGAGUUCAGGUGGCAAGGUGCGCCCAUCGGAGAAGGACAAGGACAAGAUAACACCUGUCUUCAAAACAUUCUUGGACAAGACACUAAAGGACGAAAAGUAUAAGGACUGGAAGUUCAUCGUCAUGCACUACACGCAGGGCUCUGAUGCCGAUAAGCAGGGCGUUCUCACCGAUGACGAUCGUGUAUUCCAUAUCUGGUACCCAUCAAAUCUUAUGGAUCUCUGGAGCAACGCAAAGAUCAAGAUCGUCGUGCACCAUUGCGGAAAGGGAUCGUUCGACGAUGCGAUUCUCAGCAAGAAAGCACAGAUCUGCAUGCCCCAGAUAGGCUUCGGGAAGGACAUGGUAUACUGGGCUGCGAAACUGAAGGAGCUCAACAUUGGCGUCGGCGUCCCACCCAUCACCUUCAAGGACCCGGACUCUAAGGAAUAUAUGGGCGAGCAGGAGCCGUAUCCAGAGGCGUCCAUGAAAGAGUUUUUCAAGGCUUUCGAGACGCUGGAUGGACCUCAGGGUGACGAGAUGGCUAAGAAUACCCUACCCCUGAUCAAGGUUUUGACGGCAGAUACUGCCGGAGAGUUGACUUUGAAGGUCAUCAAGCGUUGGGCAAAUGCCUUCUUCAAGAGACACGCAAAGGAUAAGAAGUUCUUCUAACGACAUACUGGACUAAGAUUGCCCUUGGAUUGGACGAAGAGAGUUUGGUGGACUCGAUGAUAUCGACUAAGUCAAGACAAAUUCGCAUUUUUUUUAUUUACUGCAUUUAGAAAGGGGACAUAGACAUAAAUCGGAAAUAUAGACAAAGGAAAACUAGACAUAGAACGGAAACCUAGACUUAGAAACGGAGCCAUAGAGUUGGAAAAGAAACUUGGACCAAGAAGAAGAUUCAUAGAAUUAUAGACAUAUAGACAUAUAGAAAUGUAGACAUAUAGACAUAUAG